AUGUGUAUCGCUCAAAGUAGACAGAAAAGCUACAUCGAUGUAAUGCGUAGAAGCCUGGAAUUUGAGAUAGGGGACCCAGUAUUCCUCAAGGUGGCACCUAUGAAAGGUGUGUUAAGAUUCGGGCAUAAGGGCAAGUUAAGUCCUAAAUUCAUUGGACCAUUUGAGAUCCUAGAGCGAGUUGGUCCGGUAGCGUAUAAGUUAGCCUUACCUCCAGCCCUCUCAGGAGUACAUGAUGUAUUUCACGUGACGAUGCUGAGGAAGUACAUCACGGAUCCUAUCCACGUAAUAGAUUACGAACCACUCCAGCUCAAUGAAGAUCUGAGCUAUGAGGAAAAACCAAUAAGAAUCUUAGCUAGAGAAGUAAAAACCUUACGCAACAGGAGCAUUGCGUUCGUUAAGGUACUGUGGCAGAAUCACCACAGUGAGGAAGCCACGUGGGAGCGUGAGGACGAAAUAAGAGAGAAAUACCCCGAGUUGUUACAAGAAUGA